UCCUGAAGCCCAGCAUCUCCAUGGAUCCUGCUGGAGAGGUCUUCUGGGGUCAAGAAGUCAGAAUCACCUGUUCCACUGCAGCUGAACUUUUAGGAGAAACAUUUAUUCUCCAGAAGAUCUCAGACUCUUUUAGACAGACUCAACUUUCUCCCAUCCGGACAGCAACUUUCACUAUCUCUAAAGUCAACUUUGAUCACGAUGGAUCGUACCGGUGUCAGUACGAGAAAACAGGUUCUGGUCAAACGUUCACUUCACCUUCCAGUGACCCACUUACAAUCAGUGUUGCAGUGAACUUCUCAAAGCCCACAAUCUCUGUGAGUUCUGCUGAUGUUUCCUGGGGUCAGGAAGUUUGCUUCACCUGUUCAAUCCAUUCUCAAGUCUUUGGUGGAACCUUCAUCCUGAAGAGGACAGAGAGUUCAUUUAAGAAGACUCAAACUUCAAGUACAAACUUUACCAAUUUCGUCAUCUCCAAAGCAGACGUUGCUCAUGACGGGUCGUACCAGUGUCAGUUUCAGAAGAAAGGACCUCAUCGGAAUUUCACUUCUCCAUUUAGCAACUCUGUCAGACUUUCUGUAAACGUGAGCCUACAGGUGCCAAACAUCUCACUUUCAUCUGGUGGAGUGUUGAUUUGGGGUCCUGGAGAAGUGGAGAUCACCAAAGGUCACAGAUUUACCAUCACCUGCUCCAUAAACUCGAAGUUUCCACAGGGUCGUUUCUUUCUCGUCUUUUCUGGAUACAAUAUGACGACCAACAGGCCAGCAGUCAGCAACUCCACCUCCUUUAGCUUUCCUGUGGCAGAGUUUGAACACCAGGGUAACUACAGCUGUGUGUACGAGGUCACCCAGUCUGGACGCACGGUCACAUCUGCUGAGUCAGCACCCAUCACUGUCGUUGUGAAACAGUCUUUGCUGCUGCUGAUCUCUGCUAUAUUUGGUGGAAUCCUACUUUUGUUGCUGUUCAUCUUGUUCCUGGUCUGUCUGUUCCAGAGGGGAAGAAAACCCAAACUUCCAGCGGUUCUUUUCCAGACUCUAAGGUCUGCCAGAGAGGAUGGUGGGAAUUGUGAGGCAGAAUAUGAAAACCUUUCUGGAGAACCCUCACCACCAAAACUUACAGAUAAAACAGAACAAGACCCAGGAAAUGAUUAUGAAGAUGCACCAUUUGAUGAGACGAAUUCCUUUGAAGAAUUUACACCACAAACCAUGGAGUGUGCGAGUCCUAAGAGUGAAAGUCAAGAAGAGGGAAAAGAGAAGGACGGACAAGAAACCAGCAAUGAUAACAAUUACUGCAACAAUGUACUCCUGCCUGUUCUGCAAACUGUUGAGAUAUGAUGAGAUCGGGUUUUGUUUUAGGUGUUUUUGCUGUCUUUGGUUCUUUCACAGAUUUAUGGUUCUUGCUUGUGAACCUCUUAAGACCAUAGGCGUAUCUCCAGUGUUGACGUUCUAUGGAUUACUGUAACUCUUCAAUCGUUUAUGCAACUAACAUAACUCAAACAACUUCUGAAGUCGUAGAAAAGUAGCUUUGCUUUGAUAUUCUGCACUACACUAACAAAGCGCUUAAGCAAUUAACCAAAAAGAUGCAGAGAAAAGCAGCUUUGAACAAAUAUGCAACACCUUUUGGUAGUUGAUACCAGUUCUAUAUUCAUUGCCUCAGAAUCUGAUGGUAGUUCAAAAAGUUUAUUUCUUGUUGCCAGCAAAAACUCCAGGGUUAACACUUUGAUUCCAGAGCUACUAAACACGUUGCUGUAGGAGAGUUUUUACACAAUUAACAUAAACCAGCUGAUUGUGGCACCAAUAUAUUUUUGUGCAAAGCUGCUUUUCUCUGCUUCAGAAUCCAUCGGAAUUAGGUUCCUUACAUAAACGAUCAAAUAGUUCUGAUAUUUCCUAUCAUUGGCAACAGCAGUUAAACAAAUGGUUAAAAGCAGUUAAUUAUGAAUAACAUGUCUUGUUUAAUUAAACUUCAAUCAUCUAAUCCACAAGUAAUAGCAAAAGACUGAAUUGAUUGGUACUGGCAGAAAACAUUUUCUAUUUUUUUAAGAUCAUAAAAUGCUGUUCUUGUCACAUUUGACACCCUUUCAAGUGAAGUCAUUACUUUUUGUGUUAAAAUAAGUUUUAUUCUACAUGUUGACAUUCUACUUGCUUCUGUUUUGGUUUUAUUGCAUUGUUUCUAAAACGUACACUGGUUUUGAUUAAUUUCAGGGCCUAUUUUUCCAUGCAUACAGUCAUGUGAAAAAAUUAGGACACCC